AUGCCGGGGCGCGAAAAGGGGCGCCGCGUGAGGAGCCAAACGAACCCGCUCGGGGAGGACUUGCACGCCGACCGUUUCGCCAGUGCCAAGCGGCACGCGGCUGCGGCGGAGGACGACGGGGACGCAGAGGCGAACGGCAUUCUUUUGCCCGGCCGCACAACGAGCCGAAUUCUCAAGACCGCCCGCCAGCAGCUCGAGGCGAUUGCGGAGGAGGAGCAGCAGCUCGGCACCGUCGCGCGCGGCGCCGAGGAGGACGAUGCGGACCCCGGCCUGGCGGCGCUCGAGUGCCGCGGCGGCGUCUACGAGGACUACGAGGAGGACGCGGAGGUCGUGAUCGAGUACGACGACGCGGAGUCGAUUGCCUCGGAAAUCCCCUCCGAGAUGGACAUGGGGGCGGACAUGUACGGCAUCGACGACGAGGAGGCGCGGCUGCUGCAAAAGUUUCAGCCGCCGUCGCGGGUGCAGAGCCGCAACCUGGCGGACAUGAUUAUGGAGAAGAUUAGGGAGCGCGAGGGGGCGCGCGGCGCGGCGGGCGACGCACGCGACGGCGCCAGCGUCGCGGAGGGGGAGGAGGAGGAGCGGGUAGACCCACGCGUCGCGCGCGUGUACACCGCCAUUGGCACCAUUCUCAAGAACUACAAGUCAGGCAAGGUGCCCAAGGCCUUCAAGGUGCUGCCAAACAUUAAGAACUGGGAGCAACUGUUGAUGUUGACGAAGCCGCACGAGUGGUCGCCGCAUGCCACGUACCAGGCCACCCGCAUCUUUGCCGCGAACCUAAACGAACGCAUGGCGCAACGCUUCUACGCCGCGGUGCUGCUUCCCAUGGCGCACCAGCGCAUGGCGACCGAGAAGAAACUUCACCCGGCGCUUUACAUGGCGAUUCGGAAGGCGCUUUUUAAGCCCGUGGCCUUCUUUAAGGGGUUCAUCCUGCCACUGGCCGCCGACGAGGAGUGCACGCUGAAGGAGGCCCUCGUUGUUGCCAGCCUCCUGCAGCGCACGCACCUGCCGCCCGUCCCCACCGCCGUGACGAUUGUGAAGCUGGCGCAGCAGCCGUUUUCUGGCCCCCGCUCCGUCUUUUUGCGUGUGCUGAUCGACAAGAAGAUGGCGAUGCCGUACCAGGCGGUGGACGCGCUCGUCGCGUACUUCCACCGCUUCGUGCACACCCACGGCAGGGAGGAGAAGCUGCCCGUCCUCUGGCACCAGACCCUCCUCUCCUUCACGCAGCGCUACAAGGGCGACCUCACGGCCGAGCAGGUGGGGCUGCUGCAGCAGGUCUGCGCCAGGCACUUCCACUACCUGCUGACGCCCGAGGUCCGCCGCGAGCUUAACGCCGCUCCGAAUGCCGCGCAGACGUGA